AUGAGGCGGUGCAACAUUCUUUCGUGGCUGCUACUUAUGCUAUGCAUUGGGGUGCUAAUUAGCUACUUAGAUGUGGAAGCAAGGGUGGGGAAGGCAUUAGCUCAUGAGGAUAAUGACUUGGGGAACGGAAACCAACCUUUAUAUAGAAGCUUGUUGUCAAACGGGGGCAAUGGUGGAGGUGGCUUUGCCUCGGCAGACGGCGGUGGAGUUAUGGGUGGUGGGAGUGGAAAUGGAGAAGGCCAUGGUGGAGGAUCGGGUUAUGGUACGGUAGGUGGUGGUGGUGGUGGUGGAGGGGGAGGACAUGGCGGUGGCUAUGGAGAUGAAGAAGGAGAAGGACAUGACGCGGGUGGUGGUUACGGUUCCGGAGGCGGUUUUGGUGGUGGAGGUGGUAAUGGAGGAGGAGGCUUUGGCGGUGGAGGCGGUGGUGGGUUCGGCUCAGGCUCUAGCAGGGGCCAGGGAGGUGGCUACGGCUCGGGCUUUGGCAGUGGUGGUGGCUCUGGAGGAGGAAGUAAUGGCGGUGGAUAUGGCUCCGGUGGUGGGGGUGGUGGUGGAAGUGGCUCUGGUGGCGGCGGCGUAGGUGGUGGGAGCGGCUAUGGCUCAGGAUUUGGUGGGGGUGGAGGGGUUGGGAUUGGAGGUGGGCAAGGAGGUGGUGGAAAGUAG